CAAUGAUCGAAUAUACAACAAAUGAGAAAAUUCAGUGCCGUAGAAAGCCAGAUAAUCAGCUGUUAUUCCACCGUAAUGGAUACUCGUGAAAAAGACAAUAUAUCCUGAACGCAAAUCCUGCGAUCACUUGAUAGGCGUGGCAACGCUGUUGGUUGCUUGAAACUGUCGAUUGUCAAGUAUCUGAACCAAAAUGAAGGUCACUGUUGUCAGUGAAAUGUCAAGGAAUGUAUUGAUUUUUGUUGAUGUGUAAGUGCAAAACUUAAUUCUCUAUUAAUAUUAACAGAAAAGUGAUAUUUUUCAAUAUUUCUUUAAGAUGUAGAUAUGUAUUACCAUUUGUGUGAUAUCGGCGUCCCAAAAAAUGGAAUUAAAAGUGUGGGUGGAAGGUAUUCAGAGGAUUGUAUGUGGAGUAACUGAAACAACAACUUGUCAAGACGUGGUGUUUGCCUUGGCUCACGCUACAGGAAAAUCAGGAAGGUUUACUCUAAUAGAACGAUGGAGAAAUAAUGAGAGACAGUUGGCCCCAAAUGAAAACCCAUUAAAGCUAAUUACAAAAUGGGGAGAAUAUUCCAGUGAUGUCCAGUUUAUUUUACAAAGAAGUGAUAACAAUAAAUCAGCCCAGCAUUUAAAAAAUAAACCACUCAAUUUCAAUUCGCCUCUAAAUUCUCCUGUAUCAUCACUCCAUAGCCAGAGUAACUCUGGAUCUUCAGGAUCACCAGACAAACUGAAAGAUAGUUACAAGUUGUCAAACUUCAGUGUAAAUAAUAAUAUUCUUGCAUCAGAAAACAUAGGCGUAGUGAAAGGUGUGCCACAAAUAAGGCCAUUAGAAGUAAAAGAAUCUCUGUCUAAUUCACCAUAUAGUUCACCUAAGAAGAGCAGCUACUGUGGCUCUGACACAUCUGAAUCUCCUAGUCAUAGAGUAGCUCCACCAUAUAAAGAUCCGCCUGCCCCUCCCCCCUACAGGGAUCCCCCACCUCCACCUGCAUAUGACAGGAGUAGAAACAUGACUCAGGAUACAAAGACUACAAAAGAAAAGGAUGAUCCAAAAAAGGAUAUGAUAUACACUGCCCAGUAUAGAGAACUGAUAGCACUAAUCAACUAUCAACGUGAAAAAAUAUCGAAUCAACAAGCUGAUCUCACUAAGUACGAUGCGGAAAUAGUGUUCUUAGAAAAUAAAGGAAGGGAGAAACAAAUGCAACUUGAGUUCAUAGAGAGGGAAAUUAUUACCAUUUCCACAAUUAGUAAAAAUAACCAGGAUCAAAUCCAAGCUUUAAGCUAUGUGGAGGAAGAAUGUGAACUUGUAAAGCAACAAGAAAAAACACUUCAGUCCGAAAUCACAUUGCUAAGAUCGAAAUUGGCAAAUUGCGAGACUGAGCUUUUACAGUGCAAAAAUAAGAUAAGGUUAUUAAUGGAUGAACUACACGCAGAGCAGCGAAAUCAAACUAGAAGGAAUGAAUCGCUGAGACAGCUGGAGAGAAAUUUUCUUGUGGACGUUGAACGGUUACAGAAAGAUAUCGAGAUUGCAAAGCAAUCGACUGAUCUUCAUCACGUCACUGCUGAAACGCUCAAACGAGAGGUUGCCAGCUUAGAGACUGCCAUAAUAGAGAAAAAGAAGCAAGUGGAGCACCUAGUCGCAGAAAUGAAAGAAGCCAAUCUGAUGAGUCUGAGCAUCGCCCCGCCCGAAGAUGUCAGGCAGAUUUUGGAGGGCAGCAAGGGCGGCAGCACCAGGAAAAUGAUCGGCUCGCCGAGACAGCUGGAGAACGCAGUACCGACUAACAAAAACCCGCACGGGGUGUGGGUGUAGGCCAUUGUAGAUUAGCUGAAUUUCAAUAUUGUAUUCGAUUCGUUUACUAUGUUCACCGAGUCUUGAAUGGAAAGGCUUGUCGUUGUAUUUAUGGAGACAGUUUGGACUAGCAGUUUUGCAAGAAGAAUAAAUUGGAGCACUUUUGGCAUAUACAAUGAAGGAAUGGAACAGAGGACCAGGAAACCGCCGUAUAUCCAAAUAAUACAGAGUUAAACACAAAGGGCACUGGGCCAAAAAAAGAUUGUGCCAAGAUGACGGAGACAAUACCAAUGGUGGCUGAAAUUUUGGAUGCACUCAUUGAUUGCCUGCGGUAAAGAAUAUACCCAAACAGUUAGAAAAGGCAAGGUGUUGCUGCGUACGUGUCCGGAAAGCAAAGAUGGGAAGUGGAGUACUGAUGUUUCCAUACAGUGUUAAUGAUGUUAGGCAAAUAUUGUUAUUUAAACAUAUUUUAAAUUAACGUAAAAUCUGAAGCUUAUCCUGUGGAUUUCAUGUCGAUAAUCCCCCAUAUUUCUAUAGCCAAUGGAAAAGUAAUUUUAGAUAUUGAAAGCGUUUCGAUUACAAUGCAAUGGUGACCUUCUUCAGUACCAUGACUUUGAGAACAUUCUUCCAGGUGACACUUCGUUUGUUUUUUCUAUUCAUUUUCAUAUUCCUAUACUGUGUCUGACUGAAAUAAUGCGAAAGGUCCCGUAACAUGCGGAGUAUGCCCGACAGGCAAGCAUGCGGUUAUGUCUCUUUUUUUUAAUAGGCCGGAUACGUCACCCUCGUCCAUCGUCCCGAAGACUCCAAAAGCCCUCAAAAACGCGAAUACCCACCCAGAACUGUUGUCAUAACACACCGAUUAAUUGUUAUGUGAUCUUCGACUAAAAUGUUGUAAAGGUUGGAUAUGAAAGGCCAGAAAUAGUACUUGACAUUUAAAGUGGACCAUGUUGUUUGUCAUGUGAGUAAAUAGUAUAAGACAACAGUUUGGCCUUGAGAUGGUGAAAUAAAACAUCACAUCAACACAUGUGAUUUCGAUUGGCCAGAGAAAUACGGCGGAUUAUAUUUGAAAUUCUUUUUUUUAUAUCCUUGUUUGUGAUCCACAAUAUCCUAAACUUACCCAAACCUAAACCCUCCAAUCCACCCUUCCCUAUACAGGGUCCAAGUUAAGUAUUUUUUCUGACUUUAUUUUAUGCAAUAUCAAAGAACUGAUGAAACUUUUCGAUUGGCACUUUUUAUGUACAUGUUAUUAAAUUUUGUGCCCGACGGUUGGUUUUUGAGAAAUUAACGUUAUUUUUCAUAUAGUCCAAAAACAGUACACUCUGUAUCUCAUAGCAUUUUUUUAUACAAAUUCAACAAUGUAUCACAAUUAUUUCUUGGUUACACCCUGUAUAUACCAAGUUUACUGCACCUAUAUUACAUAACUUAAAAGGUGACUUAUUGAUUUUUCUGACACAUAGGUUUACCUAUAAAAUGGCACCUUUGAACUAGUUGACACUUCAUGCUCACUUGUAAUAAUAAAAACGUUUAUUGAGAAACAACUCAAAAUGAGAGGAUAUAUAAACACUUUUCAACCCUUCCAUAAACAUAAGUCAAAAAUAGCUAAAUUGAAAAAUUUUAAUUAAUAAUAGACAUCAGCCAAAUAUAGUUAAAUUAUAAAAUACGAGUAUAUGAAAGUACAUAACUACAUUUAAACUCUAUUUAUGGACAAUAUUUAGAGAAAAAAAUAUAAACAUAGAGGACAAAAUUGUGUAAACUAUUGGCCAUAACAUAACCGAUAGCUUUAUUUUCUGCGACAUUAGGUUUUGUCUGUUUUUUACAUAAUGCCCCUGCCCGAACUCGGUCAUUGACCCAACGAUGAUAGAUACCUUUUUAAACAACUCAUAUACUUAUACAAAUAAAUAAAGAUGAAUGGCGUCAAGUAGGUUGAUUCUACACUUCCCACGCUACGUUGUUAUUAGUACAGCACAAGUUAGACUGUAUCAAAAUACGACAAUGCAUAUACCUUAUGUCCUGAAUAAAAAAUAUUUACUAUUUUUUUGUUCGGUAUCCAGAGACCAUGCUGAGUAGGCAAAAAAGCACGAAACAGCUCUGUGGUUGAAAUAGAAAUUUUUUACUCCUAAAUUUUUCAUUUUGAAACGACAAAACACGAAGGUUGGGCGUUUUUAUUUUUUUGGCUUUUUCCCGAAAUAAUUGUAAAGUCUGGAUUAACUGGUGAGAGUUGUUCCAAAGGGUAUUUAAAACAUGGACGCAUAAAAUAGGUACAAGAAUUUUUGUGGGAAAACUUUUUAUUUGCCAACAAAGAAUGUGAAACGUGUUUUCUGAGAUUCUUGAAAUUCUUCAAAUUCCCCCCCUUGAACAACUUGCACAUAACAAAACCAGACUUUACAAGUAUUUCGCAAAUCAGGGGUAUUUUCGUCUAAUAUGACUAGACCUCAUUUACGAAAUUCGUCGCCAGUAAGCGUGGGAAAUAAAACAAACACAAGUUCAGAGAGGUGAAUAACUUUUAUUGAACAACAUCAACUUUAAAAUAUGCAUCACGCACCCGGUUAACAUAUGG